AUGGUGCGCCAACCUAAGAAGCUGACGGACUGUCCGGAAAACCUCCGGGAGUCCAUCGACUGGUUGAUCCAGGUUAAGCAUGGGAAUGGUGAACAUGGUCUUAAGAGCUUGGCUGAAGCUUUGCAAAAGUUGAUUGGUGAGGCUAUUAAGGAUGCUAGGGAGAGUCUUAAUGAGAGGCAAGAUCAACUUUCUUGCUCUAAAUCUUCUGGUUAUCCUCAUUGUCAGUCUCUUGAUGCUCAGAUUGACCAGGCUAAAGAAUCAUUAAAAUCUGAAAAAUCUAACGGAAAAUCUAAAAAUGAAUCUCAGUUAGUUAAACUUGAAAAUGAUCUAAAUAAGCUUAAAUCUGAGAAAGAAAAACAUUAUAAUGAUGUCCAUUAUCUUACUGAGGAUGCUAGGUAUGCCCAACUUAAGGAUAUUGCUGACAGGCAGACUACGCUUAAGGUUCUUCAAAAGGAUCUUGAAGCUUUUAUUGGUAAACAAGAGGUUAAAGAUGCAAAUGAAAUUCCUGCAACAAAAAUCUUAGAAAAGCUUACUGAAGGUGCAGAAACCUUCCUAGGCUUCAACUCUGAUUCCAAAGGCUACGACGGCUCCGGCAUCGUGUACGCCGACCUCGACAGGCUCUGUGAUGGGGUGAUGGCGUUCUUGCACGGGGUGUUGGAGAGUGUUAAGGAGGAUGAUGCUGUGACAAAGUAUGAUGGUUAUAUUGUUCCGGAGAAUCAAAGACUAGAUCAACUUCUUAAGACUCUUAAAUCUUCCAUAGGUGAGGGGUCUGAUGCAUUUGGAAAGCAAGUUACUGCGGUGGGUGAUUGGCUUGGGAGGUAUGAAGGUGAAGUAAAAGAUUACAAUAAACAGGUUAUUAAGGCCAUUGAUGACUUUAAUAAGGAGUUUGAGAAGCAUGAUUAUAAUAACCUUAUGAAACAUAAUAUUGGCUACCAACAUGAGCAGUGGCGGAAGGAAGUUGAGACGUAUGCUCAACAUGUGAGAAACGCAAAAGGUGCGUUGAAUGAUGUCGACUCUAAUCUUCAGAUUAAGUUAGAGAGUCCGAUAGGAAAAAUAGAGAGUGCAUUGGAAGUGUUGCAGAAAUCGUCUGAAAAUGAAGAAUUGGCUGAACGUAUAAAUAAGGUGGAUAAGGAGUUGGUCAAGCAGGCGAUAAAGGUUGAGAAGGAAAUUAUGAAACAAUGCCUAAAGGUAGGGGAAAAACUGUAUGACGGCGUCCAGGGAAUAUUUAAAAGUGUCAGAGCACUAACUGAAUGUAAAACAUCUUACUUUGGAGGCAUCAAAAGCGCAUUGGAUGAAGCCAGGAAUUUAGUCGACAAAGUUGACGGAGAGUAUAAAGGCGAAAUCGUUGGGAAGUUUGAUGCUAUAAAACAUAAGGUUAUUGAAGUUCACGAUAAAUUGUUCACCAAAAAAGCGCAACUGUUGCAAUUGGUCGGUAGCGCUAAGCAGCAUUUUGUGGCAAUUCAAAAUGGUGUUGGAACAGAAAGUUUGGGAAAUAGCAUAUAUCACCAUUGGGACCUGCUUAAAAAGCAGAUGAUCAAGUUUAUUGGGGAGCUCUAUGAUGAGGCCGGACGUGAUGGCAAACCCAAUCAUCUUGGUACAAUUAAACAAGGUGUUGUUAAUUUUGCCAAGGGGUUUUCCGAGGGGAAGUUAAACGAGAAUGUUUUAAAAACGUGGGUCACGGAGAUUAUGGAUAAAAAACCGAUGAGCGGGAUGAUUGACUUUUGGCUACAGAUGUAUGUUAAGGAGGUUGGCAACAAAGGUCAUUUUCGGGAUCCGCUUUUGCCAGAGGAACAAAAACUUACGAGUGUGAAAGAUGCCAUUCAGUCUGCGCUUCCAGGUUAUAUCGAAGGUGUUAUUCAAGAAGCUGCUUCAGCAGCCGAGCUUCAGAGUGCAACCGUAGGAAACUCCGUUGACAAAUUUGGACGAUUCGCUCAAAAUAUCGAGAAAGAAUUUAUGGUUCCAAACGUUGAAUCGACAGUUGAGACCAUUGAGAUGGCCGUAGGGUUGACGCCGAAGACGACCAGCAAUGAGCAUCUCAAGUCUGCCAUAACAUAUGUUCUCAAUUGUGUUGCUCUAUCGGCUAAGAAGUUGGCUGAGCAACUCCAGCGAUUUGCCGCAGAGUCCACAAUACACAGAAUUGAUAACGCUAUAAAAUGCGUGGAGAAAAUAGGAGAGGAAUUUCAAGAGAGCAGAGGAGACCACGGACAACACAUUACUGACGCACUGGUGAAGGUAACGUCAAACAUUGACUCUCUUGGCACUUUUCUAGGCAAAACUCUGGACCGUGAUGGCUCAAUUCAAAAGAAGCUGAAAGACAUCCAGACAGAAGUUAUUGAUAAACUUGAUAACCUUCAGAAAGCAAAGGACAACGAUGGCAAUAAUGAUGGUGAGAUUAUUAAAAAGAGAAACGAAACCGACGUACUCAUGGAGAAAUUGAAAUAUAAAAUCAGAGACAUGCUAAUUGAUGUUACCGAAGCUGUCUCCCAAGCUGAUGAAACAAUAAGUCACGCCAUUAACGACGUCCAACAUGCGUUGUCUGAGGCUGAUAAUAACAACAAGAAAGCUGUUGAAUCUCUCAGAAACAAUCUCAUUCAUGGAGUCAGGAGGACGUUCCAAGAACUCACUUCCCAAGCCCGAAAACUGUUCGCCAGGCAGAAGCAGGCGGACUUAAAGGCGCUACAAACCAUAGUGGAAGAGCAAAAAGAGAAACUCCAGGAAAUUAUUAAAAUGAAUGUAAAUAGCAGUUUGAAAGGUUUUUUAGCCAAAUUACAAAAUAAAUUCAUUAAUCCGCUGAAGGUGUUUGUCCCAAAACUAGUAGCCUCUGGGAAACAAAAAAAGGAAAAGGACUUUCACCACCUCGCCGAAAAACUUAACAAUUGUUUUAGCUACUUCAUUCAACAGCUUAAGAUGCAAGAAGAUUAUAAGGUUCUGCAUUUCAUCUUCAAACCUUCACGGGAUGCCCUGACAGACUUGCUCACUGACCUUUAUGGCACCAAUCACUUCGACCACAAGUUUACUGAUAACCUCACAUCCCUAGAAAACACCCUUAAUGACUUCGCACCUAAGAAAUUCCACGCACCUGACAGCAUCCUCCUCGACGCCCUCAAGGCCGGCAUGAUCAAAUUCACCACUGAGCUCUCCCACGCGUACGUGAAUAAAUACAGUGGUAGAAUACUUAAUAAUGUUUUUGAACCUCAGAAACCCGGCGCCACUCCACCCACCGAACAAGUCCUCUCCACCGAGGGCCGCAACUGCGCCAAGGUCUGCCUGACCAUACUGGAGAGGGUGUCUCUUGAUUUAAGCAAGUUGAGAGUAGAGUGUAAUAAAAGCGGCGGUAACUGGAAAAAUAGCCAUAUUCGCCUGUACGACUGGGAUACGAUUAAAAAAACGAAGAGUGUUAACGAGCUCGGCACCUAUCUUGAAAAGCAUGGUUUUAGGGUGCCAGAAGAUGAGAACAAUCAAAACGGGGAGCUGGACAAGGAUGUCAAAGGUGAUAAAAUUCGAGAUCUACUUGUUAACGAGUCCAGUACAAAACAUGUCUACAGAGUGGACGACAGGGCGACAGACGAAGGCCCACUUAGAAAAAUACAUAAGCAUCUACAUGAAUACUACAAACUCACCCACCAUGAACAUAUCCCUUCACCUAAAUCACCGAGUAAUAUUUGUCACAUGCUUCAAUGGCUCACCGGGCUUCAAUGGAAUCCGAUGUUUGGUAAAGUUUGCGACCACGCUAAGGAACUGUUUGAUAAACCGGACGACCAGAAAGAUGAGCCAUAUGACAAAAUUGACACCAGAAAAUUAACACUUUCCGCGACCACUAGAAUCACGUGGAAAGACAUAAAAGAAACGCUUGACAAGGUAUGCUACCACUCUGAGAAAAUGCUUAUCAAUAUCCUCGGCCAUGGCCAUCCUGACGGGCGGUUCGCCUGCGAUUUUAAUACGAACCCAGAUAAAUUUUCCUACCCUAAUAGCCCAGGUGCCUGCUUUGAUAUGCUAGUAGAUAUAUUGAAUAGAGUGUUUUAUCAAUUGCGCUUCUUAUGUAGCCAGUGUCAUAAUGGUCCUAAGAGCGGGGGCUGGGCCGACUGCUGGUACGGUCGCGGCAUCGGUGGGUCAGCAUGGAGCUGCAACAGUAACCAAUGUCCCAACCAAAUAGGCAACCAACCAUGUAACCAAAAGUGUGACCAAACGGGUAGUCAGCAUGCAAACUGCGGUGUAAAAUCACCUUUGCAGUCUUUCUUGGAAGAUGGUCUCCCGGGCUUUUUGCCACACCAAUUUUCCACGCCUGGUUGCAAGUUAACCUGUACAGUGCGUGAUCACACCGGUAAGUCGUGUCUUACUCCCAUGGGUUUUGCAGAUAUUGGUGUUGCCGCAUCGCAUACGAAAACAGGUUGGCAACUGUUUGGCGCACUUUAUCGUUUUUGCGGUUUAGGUUCUGAACUUCAUAAACUAUGUAGUCAGCUCAACUGUGUUCUUCGCCGAGCACCGCAAACUCUGGGUGAUAUGUUCGGGUUCUACUAUAAUUUCCUCGCUAACUGGAAUGGCCGUAUAGAGCACAGAAAAACAGCAUUCAAUGAUGCCGUUAAAAAGGCCAAUUUCUGGAAUGACGAAACAAUGUUGGAAAUAACAUCCAUGUUCGGCAGCGGUAAUCAUAGCAGCCACACGUCCAAGGACAACACCAACUAUCUCACUGGUGACCUAUUCAGCCUUGUUGAAUGCAAGGAUGCUGCGCUUCCCUGCGGACCAUUCAUGCAGUCUAUCAAUGUGGAUAUCCUUACGACAUUUUCCUCCAAGCGCGCUGAUAACUAUCUUUCAUGGGUUACACACAUUACUGAGACGUUCUUUGGGUUGCUCUACGAUUUGUAUGAGUCUUGCAAAAAGUGCGACAAGCCAGGCAUCAGAUGCUGCGAUAAAAGCUGCGCAGAAAAUUGUGCAGUGAGAUAUACUGACGAAGAUGGAAAGCCAAAAAGUCCAUCUGUAAGCGACAAGCACACUAUCUACUGUCAUUCCAUUGUCAAAUGCCCUGAUAUGUAUCCGACGCUGUAUAAACGAAUUCAUUUGGGAGAUACGAGAACCAUUCUCCAUUACACUCCUCGCCCUCUGGUCCCUCUCUUUGCUCUACCUGCUGCACGUCUCAGUCGUCCGCCUCGACAUCCUGAGGAUCCGCUCCCACCUGCGCUCGCCCUCAUCGCACCGCAUCACCGCCCAGUCGCUACUCGCAGCGGCGCGUGUCAACCCACUUGGAAAGAUGAGAUACUUCUCACCGUGAUCAUACCUUCACGUGUGAUCUGA